ACACCUUUAUGCUUCGGUGGAGGGGAUGAAACAGAAUUCAAUAUGGCGUCAAUGUAAACAUCCUUUUUAUUAAAAAGAUUAAAAACAAUUAAGUUGUAAUGGAAAAAAGAAGAAAACAAUAAACAAAAUGAUAAUACCUCUAAGAAGGAGUGAUAGUGGUGUGACAGAAUGGGCAAUUGUUGAACUUCAUGGAGACUUAAAAGAAUCAGCAAAUGCUGAUCUUAAUUUACACAUUGGAGAUCUUGCUUAUGACAAAAAUGGCAUUGCCACAUUAAUUAUUGGAAAUUAUAUUUUAACUGGAAAGGAAACUUCAAUGGACAAACCGAUUGCAGUAUUAAGGAAAACACUCAGCACUGAUUCAAUAGAAUGUGACAAGGAAUAUUUAAUUAUCGCUAUUGUUAAGAAGAAACUUAUUUUCAAAGUAAGACCAAAACCAAUUACAAUUAUGGCUCAAAAAUCGUAAUCAAAAUUUUGUACUUAUAGUUGUUACUAAUAGUUAUUAAGACUUUUAUAUUUUGAAUAACUUUUUUUUAAAUAAAUGUCAGAAAGUUUCUUAAAUUA